CGAGAUCGCAAGCCGUUCGCGAGGGAGAGUCACAUUCCACUCGCAUCCGUUUCGUUGUCGAAGGAGGCGUCACAUCACGAGGCGCUCUCUCAGAGCUUAGCCAAAGUCCGGACUCGAUAUCCUGGACGCAAGCCACGUUGCGCACACCGCAGUUCAUCAUCGUCGACGAGAGAACCCAUUGCCAUUGGCCGGUUGCUACGUAGUCCAUCGUUCGACGAGAUAACCGGCAGCCAUAUUGGCUGGUUGCUACGCAGUCCAUCGUUCGACAAGAGAACCGGCAGCCAUAUUGGCCGGUUGCUAUGCAGUUUGGUCAGUUGCUAUGCAGUCCAUCGUCGUCGACAAGAGAACCGGCAGUCACAUCGGUCGGUCCUUACGCUGUUCAUCAUCUUUGCCGAAGGUUUCGGCAGCUACAUUGCCACGGAUCCCGCGUGCACAGCGCAUUUUCAUCACGAGCGUCGGUUGAGGAAGCCGGCGGCCAUAUUCGUUUCCUGCACCGCAUCCCCAGCGUCUCCUGGUCGGCAUCGUUAUCGAUCACGAAGACAUCGAACGCGCAUUGUCAAGGUCCAAAACCGUGUAUUCCUGUGCAAUCAGACUGCCUCAAGAAAAUAUAAUUCACCAAUGCAUUCAUCUACUUUUUCAAGCAAUUAUGAUGAGUCUUGCUUAAUUGAGUCUCCGACUUCACCUUACGUUGAAACAACAUCUCAGAGAUGCUCUUUAAGGAAAGUUAAUCCUCUGCAGACAUCAUCUAACGCUACCUCGACAACUUCAGAACAUAACAAAUCAGAUGUCUCUUACGUGAUUGUAACGAAAUUAGUGAGUUUAGAAAAAUCUACGAAUAUACUUAUUUCCAUGAUAAAACAACUCAUGGCACACUUUCGAUUAACGAAACCGAUUAGUGUGGAGAACGUCCCACAAAUUCCUAUUGACUCCCAUGAAGAUUUGGAUAAUCUUGAAAAAUUUUUGGAUGUUAAAGAAAAUUUUGAAUAUAUGGUAAAUACCUUAAGUAUAUCAGGCGGCACAACAAUUACUCAGAUAACUAGGAGGAUUAUCGCAAAAUUGAUUACAAAUAAUUAUGCUACCAAUUACAACUGGGCGGGUAGAGCACCUAAGAGAGCUUUUAAAUCUUUAAAAACGAAGAACUUGGUUGUCGCUACUGUUAAGGCCGUAGAAUCUAAUGCUGCUAUCAAUUUAAUUGAAAAUUCCAUUAAAGAUUGGUUAAAAUUAUCAUCUGUUCGUCUGACAUUAGCCGAAGCCAGAGCACUAAAGAGAAACAUUUCAACAGCAAGCAUGGAUUGAAAUUUUGUACUUAUUAUUUAUAAUUUAUAAUUACAGUAUUAUAACUAAUCUGGUGCAAUACAUAUAACGUGAUGCAAUACAUAUAGACAUAUAAUUUUAUGCAAUUUAUAGCUUUAUGUUUAAAUAGUUUAAUGUUUACUCAUGUAAUUUGGAAAAAAUACACAUUAUUAUAUUUA